AGGCAGAGUUUGCGCCGGCACUAGAAGAAGAGCCACCAUUGUCUUUGUUGUGUUUUGGUCAAUGGGUUUAGCUUUGAGGUCUCAACGUGUAUCUUAAAGUAUUUCUUCUAAUAUUCAGCGUAUAGCUGUGAUCUUGUCAUGACCGGAAUGGCUUCUCCAGAGAAGGCGUCAGGCUCAAAGAAGAAAAGUGAGAGAAAAUGUGUUUCCAAGGAGGAGUACAGACAACUGUCCGGAAUCAUGGCUGUCAUGAACAAUCUGAGGAAGCAAGGGACCCUCUGUGAUGUUACCCUGUUGGUCCAGGGGAAACACUUUCCUGCUCAUAGAGUUGUUCUGGCUGCUGCUAGUCAUUUCUUCAGUCUCAUGUUUACCACUAGAAUGAUGGAGUCCAUGUCCCAUGAGGUGGAGCUCAGGAGUGCAGAGCCUGACAUCAUUGAUCUGCUUCUUGAAUUCAUCUACACAGCAAGAAUCUCAGUGAACAGCAGUAAUGUCCAGUCAUUGUUGGAUGCAGCUAACCAAUACCAGAUUGAGCCUGUGAAGAAAAUGUGUGUGGAGUUUCUUAAAGGACAGAUUGAUGCUACAAAUUGCCUUGGUAUUUCAGCAUUAGCUGACUGUAUGGAUUGCCCAGAGUUACAGUUAGCUGCUGAGGAUUUCUUUCAGCUCCACUUCACUGAAGUUUAUAAACUGGAUGAGUUUCUGCAACUCGAUGUGAAACGACUCACUUACCUACUCCACCAGGACAAGCUCACAGUCCGAUCAGAGGCUCAGAUUUAUGAUGCAGCAGUACGCUGGCUCAAGUACGAUGUCUGUAAUAGAGAACAAUAUAUGGUUGAGGUGCUGGGAUGUGUUCGUUUUCCUUUAGUCUCCAAGACUUUCCUGUCCAAGACUGUACAGGCUGAACCUCUCAUCCAAGACAACCCACAGUGUUUGAAAAUGGUCAUCAGUGGAAUGUGCUACCACCUCCUGUCCCUUGAAGAUCGUGAAGAUUUGGGAGAAAGCAGUCGUCCACGACGCAAGAAACAUGACUACCGCAUUGCUCUUUUUGGAGGGUCCCAGCCACAAUCCUGUCGCUACUUCAACCCCAAGGAGUCGAGCUGGACUGAUAUUCGUUGUCCCUUUGAGAAGCGACGAGAUGCCACAGCAGUUUUUUGGGACAAUGUUGUCUAUAUUUUGGGUGGCUCACAGCUCUUUCCUAUCAAGAGAAUGGACUGUUACAAUGUCUUGAAAGACAGCUGGUACUCAAAGCUCGGACCACCAACACCACGUGACAGCCUAGCUGCCUGUGCUGCCCAGGGAAAGAUCUACACUUCAGGAGGUUCAGAAGUUGGGAACUCAGCUCUUGAUCUUUUCGAGUGUUAUGACACAAGGACCGAGUCCUGGCAGGUGAAGCCUAGUAUGCUGAUGGCGCGGUGUGGCCAUGGCUCUGUGGAGGCAAACGGCCUCAUUUAUGUCUGUGGGGGAACUGUGGGCAACAAUGUGUCAGGCAGAGUUCUCAACAACUGUGAAGUCUUUGACCCAAGCACACAGCAGUGGAGAGAACUGUGUGGAAUGAGAGAGGCUAGGAAAAACCAUGGGUUGGUUGUGGUUAACAACAGGAUCUAUGCUGUCGGAGGUCAAGGGGCAAUAGGUGGAUUAGACUCAGUAGAGUACUAUGAUAUCACAAGUAAUGAAUGGCGCCCUGCUACACCUAUGCCGUGGAGAGGAAUCACUGUUAAGUGCGCAGCUGUGGGCGAGGUCAUCUACGUGCUGGCAGGCUUUCAGGGAGUUGGUCGUUUGGGACAUGUACUGGAGUAUCACACUGAUACUGACAGGUGGGUAACGUGCAGUAAGGUGCGAGCAUUCCCCGUCACAAGCUGUUUAAUUUGUGUGGUGGACACAUGUGGAGUGAAUGAGGAUGAGGACAUGGACAUAAUAGACCCUCAAACACACACCACCUCUGCAGCAUCUUCUUCAAUAGCAUCAACAUCCUCGUAGAUCUCUAAAACAUCAAGGCAAGCUAUUUGAAUUGAAUUUUAGUUGUGCUAAAUUAAGAGUUAUUUAAGUUUUUAUAUAAGUUUUUUUAUUUUAGAAAACUUUUCAAUGCUCAGUAAAAAUUCAUAGCAAAGCAAAAAUCAUUACAAUCCUUGAGGAAAAAGGUGCCAUUUAAGUUUCUAUAUUUUUUAUUGGGAUGUAAGUUAAGUGUUUUGAUGUAUUUAUUUUACUAUUCAAUUUAAUAAUUACAGCUCUGAAUAUGUGGCAUAAUGAUUGACUGCUAAAAAUAAUUACAAUUAAAUGUUAGUAUUUUAACAGAAUAAAAAAUUCAUAAAAUAUUA